CGGGAAAGCGACGCCGGCGGUGACGACGACGAAGACGACGAUGGGGGACAAGCAGCGAGCAGCGAGUGGCCACAGCAGCGGACUAGGAGCAGGAGAAGGUGGAGGGCCCUGCGCGCGAGCGAGGACGGCUCCCUGCACGGUGCAGGGGGCGCGGGGGGCGACGACGACGAGGAGGAGCAUGUGGAGGAGGAGGAGUCCCCCCAUACCUGCGUGCACUGCGGGGAGUCCUUCCUCAUGCUCUUCAGCCUCAAGGUGCACCUGCGCACGCACCUGAGCGACCACCCCCACACGUGCGCCGACUGCGGGCGCUCCUUCUCCCACCCGUCCACGCUGCUCAAGCACCGCAGCGCGCACACCGGCGAGCGGCCCUUCGCCUGCGCCGACUGCGGCCGCGCCUUCUCCCGCGGCUACGGCCUCAAGCUGCACCGCCUGUCGCACGCGGGCGCCCUGCCGCACCCGUGCGCCGAGUGCGGCCGCGCCUUCGCCGAGCUCGCCGCCCUGCGCAAGCACCAGCGCCGGCACGCCGCCGUCGCCGCCGACGCCGACGGCCGCCGCCGACGGCCGCACGCCUGCCGGGCGUGCGACCGCACCUUCGCGCAGGUGCCCGCGCUGGAGCGGCACGAGCGCAGCGCCCACCCGCCCGGCGGGAGGCCCCACGCCUGCGCCGAGUGCGGCGAGGAGUUCUCGCGGGCGGAGGCGCUGCGGGCCCACCGAGGGGCGGCCCACGCGGCCCAGCGGCCCUUCGUGUGCGAGCGCUGCGGCGACGGGUUCAUGCGCCUGGCCACGCUCGACAAGCACCGGCGCACGCACACCGGCGAGCGGCCGCACGCCUGCGAGCAGUGCGGCCGCUCCUUCUCGCAGCUGUGCAACCUGCGCGAGCACUGGCGCACGCACACGGGCGAGCGGCCGCACGCCUGCCCCGAGUGCGGCAAGGGCUUCUCCAAGCUCUCCAACCUCAAGGUCCACCUGCGCACGCACACGCACGAGCGCCCGCACGUGUGCGAGCGCUGCGGCCGCGCGUUCACCCUCAUGUCCACGCUGCGCAAGCACGAGCGCACGCACACAGGGGAGCGGCCGCACGCCUGCGCCGACUGCGGCCGCGCCUUCGCCCAGCUCUCCAACCUGCGCGCCCACGAGCGCCGGCACGCCGCCGCCGCCGCCGCCACGCUGGACAGGCACCGGCUCACGCACGCCGCCCGUGCCGACGAUGACGCCGUGCCCGCCGUGCCCGCCGGUGACGGCACGGCCGGCACAGAGCCCGCCGCCGUGGUAACGCCGGCAACGACGGUGGAGUCGCCGCCGUGA